AUGCAUCACCGUCACCACAACCGCGGCCUCUUCCGCAAGAUCUCCUCGCGUGAUGCAGACGAGCCCAUGACCACCAGCACCUCUACCUCAGUCCGCUACAACACCGUCACCGUCAUGGACGCUACUCCAACUCCCUCCACUAGCCAGCGCUCCACUACAGACAACGACGAGCUCCCAACCAUGGCAACGAUCAAGACUGCUUCGACCUCCACCUCCUCCACCAAAGAUGAGAACGACAGCAACGAGAAAAAUGACUACCCCUACCCAACCAAGGCUUUCUCCAACAAAGUCGCCUCCAGCAGCAGCAGCAGCGGAAGCGCCAGCAAGCCCACCGAAACCACGAUUUCCACGGCAAAACUCAACAAGCUCAACACCGAUCACCGUAACAUGGCGAUUGCACUGAGUAUGUUUGCGCUGUUCGUCACGGGUGCGUUUGCGCUUUGGUUGUGGUUGUGUGUGAGGAAGCGUAAGGGGAAGAAGGCGGGUGGGAAAGGAGGGAGGAAGUGGUUUGGUACGAAGAGUGCUGUUUGA